AUGUCACAGAGAACAGCCAUUGUCACAGGCUCCGCUAGAGGAAUCGGCGAAGCCAUCGUUCGCCGGCUUGCCCGCGAGAACUUCCGCGUCUGCGUAAACGAUGUGUCCGCCAACCAAGCGGGUAUCGACAAGCUCGUCCAAGACCUCAACUCCCAAUACGGCGACAACACCGCCAUUGGCGUCGCAGCCGACGUGACCUCCCCCUCUGAAGUCAAGCGCAUGGUGGAAGAAUCCGUGUCCAAGCUCGGCCCGCUCACCGUCAUGAUCGCCAACGCCGGUAUCGCGCAGGUGACGCCCGUGCUCGAGAUCUCGGACGAGGACGUGCAGAAGAUGUUCAACGUCAAUUUCAUGGGCGUCUGGAACUGCUACACGGCGGCGGCGCGGCAGAUGAUCGCCCAAGGCGACCGUCCCGAGGGCGAGAGCUCCUACAAGAUCAUGGGCGCUGCGAGCAUCGUGGCGUUCAAGCCUUUCCCGUUGCUGAGCCACUACAGCGCCAGCAAGUGGGCGGUACGCGGCUUCACGCAGGUCUUUGCCAUGGAGAUGGCCAAGCAUAAGAUCCGCGUCAACGCGUACGCCCCGGGAAUCGUGGGGACGGCGAUGUGGGAGCAGAUCGACGAGCAGCUGGGCAAAGCCGAGGGCCGGCCCAAGGGCGAGAGUGUGAAGAAGUACAGCAAAGAGUUGACGGCGUUGGGGCGGACGAGCACGCCCGAGGAUGUCGGCGACGUGGUCGGUGGGUUCAUGGUGAGCAAGGACAGCGACUUCGUAACGGGCCAGACCAUCGUAAUCGAUGGCGGUAUCAUAUUCACAUAA